GAUCAUGCAGCCCAACUCAUGCUCAUAGAUCAAGAAAAUAUUGAGCAAUCUGAUCUAAGGCAGAUGCCUGGCCAACAUGAAGCUGACGACGAGUUACAGACUACUCCUGCUUCAGAGUAUAGUCACAGCAUCCGCCAACGCCAGUCAGAGGUGGAUGGUAAUUUCAGUAGAAUAAUGACUGUUCUUAACAGGAAGCGAGCACAAGUGAUCUGUCAACGCCGGAUCUACCAUCUGCUUCGGUAA